AUGGCCAACCACGACCACGACGCCGUGUCGCUGCAGGCUGGUGGCCGCAGCUCAGGCCGUGCCACGUGUGCUGGCAUUUUAUUUCUUCCCAGGCUUACCCUAUGCCUGGUAUUUUGGGGUGGCUUUUGCUCUCUGUAUGUAACAGCAUGUGACGAUGGAAAAAAGCUUCUUGAUGCUUUCUUGGUGACUGUGGGCCUUGUGUGUUUAAUCAGAAUUUGUAGGGCGGUUUUCUCAGUGUCUAACCUGCAGGGCUGGCAGCAGGACCCAGCAGAUCCCCCAGCAGAGGUUGUCUCUACCUGCAGCGGGGAUCCGAGGCACCCAGACCAUUUUCUGGGGUGCAGCUGGGGAGGAGAGUGUGCGCCGAGAAAGAGCCUUCGAUGUGACCGGUCCUGCUGCCGCGUGCUAACGGUGUCACCCACAGGUCUGCAGAACGAUCACAAGGCCCUGAUGAAGCAGGUGGAGGAAGCUCUUCACCAGCUGCACGCCCGGGAGAAGGAGAAGCACGCCAAGGACGAGGCGGAGGCGCUGGCUGAGGCGCUGAGCCAGAACCUGCCCCAGGCGUUUGCCAAAGUGAACGCGGUGACUCCGGGAUCUCCCGCCAGUAUCUCGGGACUUCAGAUUGAUGAUGAGAUUGUGGAGUUUGGUUCCGUCAACAUAAACAACUUCCAGAACUUGCAGAACAUCGCCACAGUGGUGCAGCACAGCGAAGGGAGACCCCUGAGUGUGACUGUGAUCCGCAGCGGCAAAAAAGUGCACGUGGGGCUGACUCCGAAGCGCUGGGCCGGGAAGGGCCUCCUGGGCUGCAAUAUCAUUCCGUUGCAAAGAUGACCACUGCUUGGAAAACAAUAAAGCUGAAGUUUGUGCCUGCUUUCUGGACUCUGAUCUGGUUUGAAAACUUCCCUACCUGUUAUUGCUGAAGUGAAUGUUUCAGAGGCUGUGGCUUCUCCGUGCCAGACUCACAGAGUCUGACGGGUUCUGAUAGAGCAGGGCCUGCCAGCUGUGCAGAAUUGCACUGGAUCGUCAGGAGUAGCUUGCAGAGGUACAAGAUGUGGCUUCUCACAUCGGUUUGGAAUGAGGCUCUAGAGAGACCCAAACUUCCCAUGAUACAGGCUCUAAAGUGCAUGAAAUCCUCCUGUUUGGUGAUAACAGAGCAUUCCUUUUUGUCCUCUGUAGAGUUCUCACUGAACAACAUGUAAUAUGUGCUCAAAAAUCCCAGAGCACUUUUUGAUAUCUGUAAUAGUAGAUGACAGUCAGGAAAUAUGCAAGUUUGAUACUUUUAUCUUCCCCAUGUUACCACAACUUUUGAAGUCACUAAACCUGAUGAAAGAAUUUUUGGAAUGCCUGAUUAUUUUAAGUUAAUGAGAUGAGGAAUAAGGGUUAUAAUUCUACUUUGAUUUACUUUCAGUAGUUCAUAUAGUUGUGAUAGAAGUACUCCUACUCCUAGUCUGGCUUCUCUUUUUUUUUUUUUUUUUCAAAUUAAAAAAAAUUUUUUUUUUUAUUUGUGGUAGUUGGUUUUGGUGUGUACAAACUCUUUGAGGGGAUUUCAAGGAUGAUUGGUUUGUUCUAAGCUUGUUUCCCGUUGAACUUCAAAAUACUAUCCCAAAACAAUAAAACCCAGUUACACCU